CCAUGUGUAAAGAAGAACUCUUUUGAUGGGUGUCGAACUAUUGAUGCCGUUCCCUGGAGGGAAUGCAGGCACUGGCCCACCGAGCAUCAGGACAAGCAACCACUCCGGCUUUGUCUACGCGUCAGAUGGUGAGCCUAUAGACGAUAAUACGGAUGGAAUGCCACCGGUGCAGAGAGAAAGAGCGCGCGCGCCUUCUAACACCAUCAGUGCCUCCAAGGACCGCAAACGCUAGAGUCCAUCCGAGAGAGAGAGAGAGGGUGGGGGAAGAAAAGGGCAGCGUAACAGUAAAUAAAGGAGACAGAACUCCCAACCAUUCAAUGCUCAUGCCACGCCCAAUCAUGUGACAUGAGAAAGACGAAGAAAGGAGGGGGGAAAAGAAACGAUAGGAUGUAGGAUGAUGGGUCUUCACCUCGUCCCCUCUUCGGAUCCCUCCUCCUCGAGAAACGCGCUGGACACCACAAGCAAAUGGUAAAGUGAGAGCCAACCUGCCCACCCACAUCCACAGACAGUCUCCCCAUCCGGCCGUGGUAAAAAAAAAAGAAAAAAGAAAAAAGAAAGAAAGAAAGCGUCCCUCCGACAGGACCAUCGCACGUCCAUCCGCACCUCAUCGAUCGGUACAAACCCUGCCCAUCCCCCUCCGCCGUCCCGUCUUUUCGCAACCUCUGCCCCCCACCCUCCUCCUCUGCCAAAGAAAAAAAGAGGGAAGAGAGCCAUCCUUCUCCACUCUUCCAUCUCCUGUCUCCCUUUACUUAUUCAUUCGUUCAUCCAAUAAUUCUUUUUCGAAGAAUAGUGGAGGUAAUGACCUCCUCUCCACCACCAGCAGCAGCAACCACCCCGGCGAGGAGGAUGUUAUUAAGCGAGGAAGAGGAAGAGAAAGGAGGGGAGAGAUGAAGGAGAGGCAGCGAUGGCAGCCGGAGGAGGACGCGCUGCUGCGGGCGUACGUGAAGCAGUACGGGGCCAAAGAGUGGGGGCUGGUUACUGAGCGGAUGGGGCGGGCGCUCCACCGCGACCCCAAGUCGUGCCAGGAGCGGUGGAAGAACUACCUCCGCCCGGGACUCAAGAAGGGCUCCCUCACCCCGGAGGAGCAGGCCCUCCUCGUCUCCCUCCAGUCCCGCUACGGCAACAAGUGGAAGGCCAUCGCCGCCCACCUCCCCGGCCGCACCCCCAAGCGCCUCGGCAAGUGGUGGGAGGUCUUCAAAGACAAGCAGCUCAAGGCCACCGCCAAAGCCUCCUCCGACCAACCCCACCACCCUGGAACCUCCUCCGCUUACGAGCACAUCCUCGAAACCUUCGCCGAGAAGCACGUCCUCCCACCCCCUUCCCAUCCUCCUCCUCUCCCCUCCGUCGUCUUGCCUAAUCCUCUCCUCUUCGCCGCCGCCUCCUCCUCCUGUUCCUCGUCGUCCCCAUCCCCGUCCUCGCCGUCGCCUCCCUCCAUCAACCUCUCGCUCUCCCGGCCGGAGGGGUGGCUGCUGCUGCUGCCGGCGGUGGUGCAGCUGUGCGCAGAGGUGGAGGAGGGGCGCCGGAGCUGGGCGCAGCACCGGAAGGAGGCGGCGUGGCGGCUGAGCAGGCUGGAGCAGCAGAUGGAGACGGAGAAGGCAAGAAAGAAGCGGGAGAAAGUGGAGGAGGUGGAGGCUAAGAUCCGGCGCCUCCGGGAGGAGGAGGCCGCUUGGCUCGACAGGCUGGAGGAGGAAUGGAGGGAGCGGGUUUUGGAGGUCCGGAGGGAGGCGGAAGCCGAGGAGGCCGAGGUCGCGGAGGCGUGGACCGCUAGCCACGCCAAGCUUGCGGGCUUGGUGGAGAAGAUGAUGCUUGGUGGUGCCGGCGGGCAUGGUCUCAGUUUCCCGGUGGCCAAGGAUAAUUUACACUGAGGUUUCUCCUUUUUGUUUUUUCCCCCUUUUUACUUCCUCCUCCUCUUGUUCCAUUCCUCUUUAGUCUUGUCCAUCUUCCAUUUCCAAGCAGAGAGAUAAAGUUAACCGUGUCCCCCCGCCCCUUUCCUUUUUUUUUUUCAUUUUCACGUGUUGGGUUUGAUCUAAGACUUUAUUUUGCUCUCCCUGUUUCGCCCACACUGAACAGUUCCUCCGGAAUUGACGGACAUGACUUUAAAAUUUGUGAGUUAUGAUAAUGAAAGUAUCAAGUGUUUUGCCCCUUAUUUUUUCUCAUUUUC